CUUUUUAAUUCAACACAACCUACACCGGAAAUUGCCGACAACCAUUAGGUCUAUAAUAGCAACCUUUGAAUUUAUGAUUCUCUCGACCUGAGCUUCCGCAAUGGCAUCUCAGUAUGGCACAGGAAAUAAAAAUCCUCCUUGGGCAAGGCAAGCAACUGAUUUCAUUGCUGCCAACGCUGUGGGUGGCAUAGCAACGGCACAAAUGCCUCAGGUGACAUCAGGAAUAGUGCAGACUUCUGCAAUGGCCGCUAGCCCCACCGUUUACUCAUACAGCUCGGCAACAGCUAUGCAACAGCAACAUCAACAACAGUUUGCACAAUCUCAGAUUGCUUCUGUCAUCCACAACCAAGCAGGGUUGCAGACAGCUGCUGCUGGAGUUGCACUGUCUCAACCAGGAAUGGCUCUGCCUACCACACUGGGUGGGGGAAGUUCACAAGUGGCUACUGUAAGCUACCCCACAGCUCGUCCCAACCAGGCCUCUGCUCAAGCAGCAAAUGCUGCAGCCAGUCAGAAACAACGAGUUUUUACAGGAACCGUCACUAAACUUCAUGAUAACUUUGGCUUCAUUGAUGAAGAUGUCUUUUUUCAAAGCAGUUGUGUUAAAGGGAUAGCACCAAAAGUAGGAGACAGGGUGUUUGUGGAGGCUUCCUACAACCCAGCCAUGCCAUUCAAGUGGAAUGCCACACGUGUACAAGUUUUAAACAGUCAGGCAUCUGGUGUCACAGCAGUGGCCAACACAGCCACCCAGCAACUAGCAGCCAUGCAACAGGCAGCAAAGACAAUGGGCCUGGGUGCCCUGGGUGUGGCCCCAGGGAUAAACACAGGGGGCCUGAUAGGAGGAGUUAACCCGAUGCAGUUGGCUGGUGCCAUGGCAGCAAUGAACAGUGCCAGUCUUAUUAACUCUCUUGCUAGCCAACCGAGAGCUCUUCUGAGCCAGGCUGGAAGGGGAAGAGGUUUAAUUCGUGGGGGAACAAGCACUGGGCGGCAGACUUACAGCGAGUCUUCGAGAUACAGUGAAGAUCGAGAACGGGAGCGAGAUCGUGGGCGUGAUCGAGACCGUGAUCGUAGAGAGAAACGAGAUUCCCGUCGCCGUUCUCGGUCUUCCUCUCCAUCAAGCAGCCGACCUAGGAGUCCAAAACGAAAAACAUCACGCCCUCCACCUAGAUAUGUGGUGCAGGCACCUCAGGCCACACUGAAUAUGCCAGAAGCUGGGGUGAUGGUGCUGAAGACAAAAUACUCCAACAUGUAUAUACCUAGUGACUUCUUCCAUGCAAGCUUUCCCUGGGUGGAUAAUCUGCCUCUGCAGCGUCCCUUCACCUUAGGCCAGUCAUGCAAGUUCCAUGUUAUGCACAAAGAAGUUACUUCUCUUAACCCUGAGUCUGCUGUACUGGACCCUCCAGAUGCUGAUCACAGCUUUUCUGCCAAGGUGAUGCUGCUGGCUUGUCCAAGCAUGGAGGAGCUCUACAGCAAGUCAUGUGCAUUGGCCCAGGAGAAUGGUGAACAUCAAGAGUCUUUUCAGCAUCCAACUCGGUUACUUCAGUUUCUUGUAGGUACCCGGGGUAAGAAUGAGCCCAUGGCUAUUGGUGGGCCGUGGUCACCAUCCCUUGACGGCGACGGGCCAAAUGAAAAUCCACAGGUGCUGAUCAAGACUGCCAUCCGAACUACCAAAGCUUUGACGGGGAUUGACCUUUCCAAGUGCACUCAGUGGUAUCGCUUUGCAGAGAUCCGCUACCUGCGUGCUGAGACCCGCGACAAGCCAGUGCGGGUUGAAACUGUCGUACUUUUCUUGCCAGACGUUUGGCGCUGCUCCCCAACCAGGCUGGAGUGGACAGGCCUGCAGAAAUCCUACAUGCAGAAACUGCACAAGAAACUGAAUCCCACAGCCGAGGAUGCAGACGAUCAGCAGCAGGAUUCAGAGGAUCCUGGCGUGCAGAAGAAUGAACCAACACAUUUCUCCAAACUGGACCCAAAGACUUUGAAGCUACAGGAACUACGCGAUGAACUGGACAGCAGGAACCUGAGUGCUAAGGGCCUAAAAUCUCAGCUAAUUGCACGCCUCACCAAAGCCUUGCUUUCAGAGCAAGAAAAAGAGGAAGAGGCAGAAACCAUGGCAGCUGCACAGCGAGAAAAAGAGGAGGAGGGAAAGAAUGAUGAAAAUGACAAAGAGAAGGAGAAGGACAGUGUACAAAAAAAAGAGCAAGAAGAAGAGCAAAAAAGAAAAGAAAAAAGAGAUCGGCAGCAGCUGGAGAGGCGCUACACUUUGCCAGAUUCUCCAUCCAUCCUGGUACACCCACAUCCAACAGCCAAGUCAGGCAAGUUUGACUGCUCUGUUAUGACCCUCUCCCUUCUGCUAGACUAUCGACCAGAAGACAACAAGGAGCAUUCCUUUGAGGUUUCUCUAUUCGCAGAACUCUUCAAUGAAAUGCUGAUGCGAAACUUUGGGUUCUCAAUCUACAAAGCACUGGUGAUGGCCCCAGCCCAGCCUAAAGAAGAGGAAAAGAAAAAGAAAGAGAAGGAUGGCAAGGACAAGGACAGCAAAGAAAAAGAAAACAAAGACAGUAAAGAUAAGGACAAGGACAUCAAAGACAAAGAGCGAGCAAGAGAGAAAGACAGGAAAGGUGACAGCAAAUCAGAGGAACCUCCAGCUAAACGGCGGAAGGCAGACGAGGCAAGAAAGGAUGGGGAUGGCGAGAUGGAUGACGAUGAUGAGAGAGAUGAUAGAUAUUAUGCCAAACUGAUGAUGUUUCCUACACAGGACUCCAGUGGAAGAGAGGAGGAAGAUGAUGAGAAACGUGAUAAAGACAAGAAAGAAAAGGACACCAAGCGUGACAAGCGGAAGUUUUUGACAGUGGAUCCUGAGUUGCUACUAGCUUGUGUCUAUUAUGACCAAAAUCACUGUGGUUAUAUACAAGAGCAUGACCUGGAGGACAUAAUCUACAGCCUUGGCAUUGACCUUUCAAGGGCACAGGUUCGUAAACUAGUGCAGAAGGUGCUGGCACGGGAAUGUUUCCACUACCGUAAAAUGACGGAUGUUCCUCAGGCACGUGAUACAGAAGUUGCCAUGGCUACUACCAUAUGCCCUUGCGAUAUGGAAGCGGUUGCUCGAGGUAACUCGGAUUACCUGGUGGCAGUGCGAACUGCAGGACGUGUGGCAGACCGCGAGUCAGGCAACAAGGGAGAGGUGGUGGAGGUUGCUGACAAUGGGAGGGAGGAAGGAAAGUUCGUCAGGUACAAGGGCUCGGUUGUAGACCUUGAAAGCUUGAUACAGAAACUGGAGGGAAGCGACAAGUCCUGUGCUCUCCUUGAGAACAGACUGGCAGACAUGGCUGUUGAACUGGAAGCACUGAAGGAGAACCUUUCUACCCAGGAAGCAGCAGUACGAGCUGCCAGAGAUGAAUUCACUAGCACUCAGGCUAAAUUGCAAGCCGAGGUCAGCCGACGUGUUGCCUUGGAAACACAACAGGUACAGCUGGAGGUGGCUAUUGGGGAGACCAAGGGUAUGUUGCAGCAGGCUCUCUCUGUCCUCUCCAUUGUGCCUGUGGCAGCUUCUGAAUCUUCUGAAAAGAAGGCUGGCGAUGCUGGAAGCAAAAAACGUGAACGGAAAGAUCCUAGCCCAGUCAGUGUGAAAAAGGAGAAGAUUUAACUUGUGCAGACGAUAGUCUGUCAUUGCAUGGUCUGGACUCAGAUCUUCAGAAAAUACACGAAGGAAUAUAUCAUUUUCUGCCUGUGCCUGUUUCUCAACUAUAAUCCAGUUUGAGAAGAAAAAGGACUUUGCAAACACUGACUUCAAUGUCAAGACACCUGGUUUGUGAUGUUCUCAAAAGUGUCAGUAAAGACGGCAAGGUUACAGAGUCUGUGGAUAUUAAAUCUGGAAUAUGUGACCUUUAGAUGCAGUGCACAAUGUGCCCACGAUUAAGACUUUUUAAAGACACUGUGUCCAAGGUAUUUACUACGUGAUGGCAGUUCAAGUGUCGAGGUGGACUUGUUUGACAAAUAUGCCAUCUUAAGUGCAUCCUGAGGAGGUUACUUACAAAAUCAAAGACAUUUCUGCACAGCUUUAAAAAGGAGGUAAUGCCUCCAUAUUUUAACAGUUUAAAAUUUUCUCUGAGAAUAAUAGGUUUGAAAAUCAUAAGGCUCAUGUUAAUGUGUUUCAGGACAAAAUGUAAGAAGCUGCUGCUGUCGUUUGUAGAUGGUGGGUGCUAAAUCCAUGUGUGUUUAGACAGAUGUGCUUGUGUGUUGCAUGUUCAGAGUCAUAAAGUCCUCUAUUGUUGGUGCCAGGUUCUUCUGCCAAAAAUAGUCUCUGAAAACCUGAUGCGAAUACUGUGAGGUUUUGGUGCUUUUAGAGACUGGACAUUGUAUUAAAUGUUUAUCCAAAAGUAUUUAAAUUUAUCUAGACUACAGCUCUUCUUAAUGGGCUCUAGUUCUUAGAUGCAAACAUGUCAAGCAAGUGUAUGAACUGUUAAUAUUGUUCACCUCAUAAGACAUUAAAUAAUAUGUUUAUGUGUUAACACUGUAGUGUUUUUGUGUGCUACAUGUAACAGCAGUUUGUGUGCUACAUGUAACAGCAAUGUUUGUGUGGUGCAUGUAACAAAAGUGUUCAUGUGGUGCAUGUAACAGCAUUGUUUGUAGGAUACAUGUAACAGCAGUUUGUGUGGUUCAUGUAACAGCAGUGUAUGUGUACUACAUGUAACAGUGGUGUUUCUGGGGUACAUGUAGCAACAUGGUUUGUGUGGUGCAUGUAACAGCAGGGUUUGUGUGGUACAUGUAACAGCAUUGUAUGAUACAUGUAACAGCAGUUUGUGUGGUGCAUGUAACAGCAGGGUAUGUGUGCUACAUGUAACAGCAGUUUUUAAGUAAUGUAGUGGAAUGAGGCUGAUGCCUGGCACAUAAGAUGGUCAACACUUUAAGGAAAGUAUGACAAAAACAAGAACAACAACUAUUGAUCAUGCCUGCCUUGAUGACUGUAAUGAGCGUGAUCUAUUUUUACUGACAUCGGAUGCAGAGGUAGCGAUUGAAAGUAUUAAACAUAGAAAUUGGAAUAAGUUACUAUGAUCAGUUACAGCUUAUACAAAGAGUUUAAUGACAGCUGUCUGUAAAACAAAGAUCAGAUCUUGUACCUGCAGGUGUGCCCAGGAAUUCUCUGAUUAAAAAUUGCAUCUUCACCAAGAGAUGAUUUCAUCUUUUAUUGAGAUACAAACACUAAAAGCGCUAGCUACAGGAAAACAAGGAAAUUACUAUGUUUGUGCAUCAAUAUAUGGAAAGUGAGUUUAUGAAAUUGUCAGACAGGAUGGUCCCUCAUAUUUUGUUUUUUGUGAGAAAUUUAAGUAAAGCUAUAGUAAGUUUUAUUUCCUCAAAAUCUGUUGGCAGCUUGCAUUAAUGUACUGAUGUAGUAGUCAGUCAUGUGACUAUUGCAACGUAGAUGCUCAUGACCAGAUGUAAAGAUUUUAGUUGGUCGUGUUUUUAACAGGUGGAAUUUUGCUCUGAAACUGCAUGCUGGUCAAUCUGCACAUCUGUAAAUGUCAGGAACCUUUUUUUUUUUAAAUUUUAUCAAAAGUUUUUUUUUUGAUGAAGCUGAUUGAAACUCAUAAACUUAAUCUGCUGUGUAGAAAUGCUGAAAAUCUGAAUUUGGGAAUUUGUGAGAGUUACGGGUCUGUUAGGUUUAUUAUGUAACAUGAAAAGAGCCGAGUUUAGAGGGAUUUUUUGCUGUCUCCUUAGGAUUAAGAUUCCUUAGAGGAAUAAGAAAACAUAUUUCUCAUUUUACAGAAUAAAAAAAUGAAUUUUCUUGCCCAAGA